AUGUCUCCAUCUGUAGUGUGUCGCGAGGGCCAGCCACCACAACCUUCCCCCUGCAGUGAGCGCCGCGACCAUGCAGUGUCGUGGCGGGAUAACCGGACCGUCGUCAACCAUGUUUGGUAUUUGGUAUGGAGGAUGAGGGGAGAUAAGGGUGACAGUGAAGGGCCAACCUCGGCACCACCAGGUCGUUCCCGCCUCGCUAAGUUGAACUCAGUGAAGCAUUUACAGCGUCGCUUAGAUGCCAGCCUAGAUGGUAGCCUAGAUGAUAGCCUAGAUGAUAGCCUAGAUGACACCCUAGAUGAUAGCCUAGAUGCCAGCCUAGAUGAUAGCCUAGAUGACAGCCUAGAUGACAGCCUAGAUGACAGCCUAGAUGACAGCCUAGAUGCCAGCCUAGAUGAUAGCCUAGAUGACAGCCUAGAUGAUAGCCUAGAUGAUAGCCUAGAUGCCAGCCUAGAUGAUAGCCUAGAUGACAGCCUAGAUGAUAGCCUAGAUGAUAGCCUAGAUGACACCCUAGAUGAUAGCCUAGAUGCCAGCCUAGAUGAUAGCCUAGAUGACAGCCUAGAUGACAGCCUAGAUGACAGCCUAGAUGACAGCCUAGAUGACAGCCUAGAUGAUAGCCUAGAUGACAGCCUAGAUGACAGCCUAGAUGACAGCCUAGAUGACAGCCUAGAUGACAGCCUAGAUGACAGCCUAGAUGACAGCCUAGAUGACAGCCUAGAUGAUAGCCUAGAUGACACCCUAGAUGAUAGCCUAGAUGCCAGCCUAGAUGACAGCCUAGAUGACAGCCUAGAUGACAGCCUAGAUGACAGCCUAGAUGACAGCCUAGAUGCCAGCCUAGAUGAUAGCCUAGAUGACAGCCUAGAUGAUAGCCUAGAUGAUAGCCUAGAUGCCAGCCUAGAUGAUAGCCUAGAUGACAGCCUAGAUGACAGCCUAGAUGACAGCCUAGAUGACAGCCUAGAUGACAGCCUAGAUGACAGCCUAGAUGACAGCCUAGAUGACACCCUAGAUGAUAGCCUAGAUGCCAGCCUAGAUGACACCCUAGAUGAUAGCCUAGAUGCCAGCCUAGAUGAUAGCCUAGAUGACAGCCUAGAUGACAGCCUAGAUGACAGCCUAGAUGACAGCCUAGAUGACAGCCUAGAUGACAGCCUAGAUGAAAGCCUAGAUGACAGCCUAGAUGACAGCCUAGAUGAUAGCCUAGAUGAUAGCCUAGAUGAUAGCCUAGAUGACAGCCUAGAUGACAGCCUAGAUGACAGUUUAGAUGACAGCGUAGAUGACAGCCUAGAUGACAGCCUAGAUGACAGCCUAGAUGACAGUUUAGAUGACAGCGUAGAUGACAGCCUAGAUGACAGCCUAGAUGACAGUUUAGAUGACAGCGUAGAUGACAGCCUAGAUGACAGCCUAGAUGACAGCCUAGAUGACAGCCUAGAUGACAGUUUAGAUGACAGCGUAGAUGACAGCCUAGAUGACAGUUUAGAUGACAGCGUAGAUGACAGCCUAGAUGACAGUUUAGAUGACAGCGUAGAUGACAGCCUAGAUGACAGCGUAGAUGACAGCCUAGAUGACAGCCUAGAUGACAGUUUAGAUGACAGCGUAGAUGACAGCCUAGAUGACAGCCUAGAUGACAGUUUAGAUGCCAGCUUAGAUGACAGCCUAGAUGACAGCCUAGAUGACAGCCUAGAUGACAGUUUAGAUGACAGCGUAGAUGACAGCCUAGAUGACAGUUUAGAUGCCAGCUUAGAUGACAGCCUAGAUGACAGCCUAGAUGACUGCCUAGAUGACAGCCUAGAUGCCAGCUUAGAUGCCAGCCUAGAUGACAGUUUAGAUGCCAGCCUAGCUGCCGGCCUAGAUGCCAGCCCAGAUGACAGCCUAGAUGACAGCCUAGAUGCACAUUUACUAACACCAAUGUUCCAACAUUGUCUAACAGGUUGUCAGGUAUAG